AUGGGUCGAAAAAAGAAGAAAAUAACUAAACCUUGGUGUUGGUAUUGUAACCGUGAAUUUGAUGAUGAAAAGAUUUUACUACAACAUCAAAAAGCAAAACAUUUUAAAUGCCAUUUAUGUCAUAAAAAAUUAUAUACUGGACCCGGUUUACAAAUCCAUUCUAUACAAGUACAUAAAGAAAAUAUUGACAAAGUACCAAAUGCAAUUAAAGGUCGAGAUAAUAUUGAAAUUGAAAUUUAUGGUAUGGAAGGUAUACCAGAAGAUGAUCUUCGUCAACAUGAAAAACGACUUGCUGGAAAAGAUAAAGAUGAGCCAGAUAAUACUGAUUCUGUGAAAGUACCUCCACCAAUGACUAUGCCACAAAUGCCAAAUUUAGGAAUGAUGGCUCCACCACCAAUGAUGCCCAUGACUUUUACUGGUAUCCCUUUUGGUAUGCCACCGAUGUCACUUUCUAUGAUGCCUGUGUCAAUGAUGACUCAAUUACGACCACCUAUGCCUAUGGUUCCACCAAAUGUUGGUAAUUCUGCUACUCUUCUAUCAUCAAAUCAAAUGAUGGGACCUGGUUCUACCUCUUCAAAACCACUUUUUCCUAGUGGAAUUACUGACACAAAUAACAAUGGUCAUCCUUCCAAUAUAGGAACAAUGUCAUCAAAUACAGUAUCAACAUCAAAUCUAUCAUCGAAUGGAUCUAGCUCAUUGUCUACUAAUAAAACAAAAAUAGAACCUGUAGCAGAUACUGCUAAAAUUAUUCAUCCCGAUGAUGAUAUAUCUUUAGAAGAAUUUCGUGCUUCUUUGCCGAAAUAUAAACAAAUGAUGAUGCCACAACAAAUGCAAAUGCCACCAAUGCCAGUUGGUCUUUCUAUGGCUAACUUUAUGCCACCGUCUAUGGCAAAUUUAUCAUUUAUGGCACCACCAACGGGUUUUCCUCCAAUGGUAUUUAAUGGUCCACGAUUCUGA